AUGGAAUCGUCCACUUGCCUUUUUUAUGUGGUAGCGCUCAAGGAUGGCAAGGUUGCAGCUGCAGGCAAGCCACAGGAUGUUGCUGCAACAGGUGUGCUUGGUGAUGAAGUUAUUCUCUCCUCUAGCAAUGAUGAGGAUACGUUGACCACGACAACGAUGCGAACCGAUACGACUGCAGCUACUGCUUACACAAGAUCAUCGGGCAAAAAGAGAAGAAACACAGGUUUGAAGGGCAAAAAUAACACCACACUUGGUACGGGAAAUGGUGGAAAACUGAUCAAGGAAGAAACCAGAACUGAAGGCGGCGUCUCAUGCCAAGCUUCUUCGCCUCCUUCUGAUGAACCUAACAACAGUGUUGAUGGUUUGAUGGCCUCAUCACUUGUAAAUGUUUUCCAACAAGGCGAGUACAACGGCAUCACUCUCACCUAUGGCUGCGCACUGGUCGUUCGCCUCAAGGUUCUUUUCUCAGGAUAUAUAUACUUUAGGAUUGGUAUAUUCGGCGUGGUCAUGACUACGCUACGAUCUUUUAUUCUUUUCACCGGAUCUCUUCGCGCUUCGCGCCAUAUUCAAGCGCAGCUCCUCGACGCUAUCCUCCGUGCCAAGGUCCGGUUCUUUGAUACAGCACCUAUGAGUCGUAUCAUCAAUCGGUUCUCGACUGAAAUGGAGACCAUCGACCAAGCACUCGCACCAUCCAUGUCAUCGCUCCUGUACUCAUGUGUGGCAGCUUCAUGUGUUGUGGUCCUGAUCAGCACCAUCAUCCCCAUCUUCUUGAUCCCUGGUGCGUUUAUUGCUGGUCUCUUCUGGUAUAUCGGCAUGUACUAUCUCAGCACCUCCGGCGACAUGAAACGUCUCAGCUCUGUGUCACGAAGCCCAAUCUAUAUCCAAUCCCAAGAGACCGUCAGCGGCGUGGCCACCAUCUGUGCUUUUGGUUUCCAGCGUCGUUUCAUCAAAGAGAACUACGACAUGAUCGACAACAACAACCGGCCGUUUAUCUGGAUGUGGGGUGCCAACCGAUGGCUUCAUUGCCGCAUUGACAUUCUUGGUACAUUUGUUGGCUCUGUGACUGGUAUCGGGCUUCUGGUCUCACGAUCCUCCAUCGAUGCUGGUUUGGCCGACUUGGCGCUAUCCUACUCGCUUACCAUUACAAGAUACAUCCUGUGGGUUGUCCGUCAAUACGCCAUGUACGAGAUGAACCGCAACUCGGUCGAGCGGGUCCAAGAAUACCUGGACGUUGAGCAAGAGCCAUCGGCACUGAUCGAAGCCACGCGGCCACAGAAUCCAAGCUGGCCGGAAAACGGAUCUGUCAAAGUCUACCAGUUGGAGAUCAAAUACUCUCCUGAAAACCCGCCUGUAUUGCAUGGCAUUUCGUUUGAGACGCGACCACGCGAAAAAGUUGAUUCAUGGAGGCCAGCAGCGGGCCUUUUCGACCUGCGUAGUCGAUUGACCAUUAUUCCACAAGACCCAGUGCUAUUCUCAGGAACGCUUCGCAGCAACUUGGAUCCCUUCCACGAGUUCACAGACGCAGAUUUGUACGCUGCACUGAAACGACCGCACCUUGUCCAUGACGGCAACUACGAACAGGUCAGCCCCGACAGCCCAGUAGCAAAACAACGGCCGCAACUGGUCCAAGAGCAGCGGCAGCUGAUUGCCUUGGCCCGUGCGCUUGUGAAGAAGUCGUCGCUCAUUGUCUUGGACGAGGCAACGUCGUCUGUGGACUUUGUUACCGAUCACAAGAUCCAACAAACAAUCCGGUCCGAGUUUACCGGAUCUUGGUUCUGGACCAGGGCAGAGUGGUGGAGUUUGAUACGCCGUACGCACUGA